AUGCAGCUGAGCGCGACUCAGCUGAGCGCGACUCAGCUGGCCGCGGCCGCGUCGGCCCCUGCGGGGAAGGCCGUCAAAAAGUUGGUGUGUUUCGAUACGAGCUCGGCCAUUGGGGCCCUCCCGACACUGGCACUCGCGCGAGUCAGCACCAGCGAGGGCGCUUCUCUGGAAGGGAAGGACAAGAUUGCUCUGUUCACCGUGUGCUGCCAUUGGUGCUGGCGCUGGGGAAGGCGGCCAGGAAAGCUUUCGGAGCGCGGGCAUUCAUGGGGAGAGGUGCUCGAGGUGCUGCGGGAUUUCGUCAAAGCGACGGACACGUACGUAGUCCUGCCGGCUCUGCCAUCGUCGGGCAAAGCUCCCGCUCUCGAGUCCGGGGCGGCUCAGCCGGCCCCAACUCCGGAGGCGGCGGCGGCUCCCGCGGCGGCGGCUGCUGUCCCAGUGGCAGCGGUCAUUCCGGCGGCGGCGGCGGCCCCAGCGGAACCGGCAGCAGCUUCGGCAUCCGCGGCACCCGCCCCCGCGGCGACGCCCGCAACGGCGGGAGCGCCAAGCUCGGCGAUCGCAACAGCCCAGCAGCAGCAGGCAGCCAACCACCAGGUCAUGAUGUCGGCGGACGAAGCGCACAUGAACGUGGUGCAGGCGGAAGCAGGCCACGCGGAGGGGCGACCGCCUGGUAGUAGCGCUGNGGCCGGCGACAUAAAGAUAAUCUCGGAUACGAUAGCCAGGGGCGACCACCUGGUAAUAGCGCUUGGACCGACGCACGGCGCGAGGGCGGCGACCGAUGUGUUGGACAUGUUUACGGGUCUGCUACCAAAUGCUCACGGGGUCUCCAACGAUCUGUUUUCAGCGGACUAUGUGCGUAUACGCAAGAAGUCGGCUCCGGUCGCGGGCAUGAACGCCGCCAUGGGGACGGCGCUCGGCCUCCCCGUCGUACCCGCGCCAUUCCCGACGUUCGGACCGGGGGGGGGAGCUUUCGGCAUCCACCCUUACCCGCUUCCCCUGCAGAUGGCGCUGCAGCCGGGGAUCCAGCAGCAGGCCCCGCGUCUAUCUCGUCGGCAGGCACGAUCGCAAGGCGCGUCACAUGGGGUGGCCGGACACUAUACCCAAGGGCCGCCCGGUUGGGGCGGGGGCGGCCGGGGGCAAGUAGCGGGGGGCGCAGUGACGGCAGUACCGUCCCCCGGAGGGUCCGCUAGCCACCAACAAAUGCUAGCCGACGUGCGUAACCAACGCAACCUCGCCCUGCAGCAAAGGCAACUGGCGAACCCGGGGGUGCCCGGGCAGGGCGAGACGUGCCACAAGUGCCGGGCCGCCAACCGUGAUCCGAACCACUCUCACCUCACAUGUGCCUUCUGGAUAUGCGGCAAUUGCAAGGAGGCAGGGCAUCGCAGGGCGGCCUGCCCGAACCCGACCGUGCCGUGAACGAGCCGUAGCGUACGCAAAAGAAGGAGUUUGGGAGGGACACGGUUGCAAUUUACGAACGGGGGGGGGGGAAUACUCGAGCGUUGCGCGCGGUUGGAUUUGUUUCGCGGGUUCGAGAUAGUAUUUCGUAUUUCGAUAAGACGAUGCGUGUGGUACCCGUCGGAUCACCAUAUCCCGUUCGCGGUUCGCAUCAUUUUUCAAUGCAUGUCAGUAUAACAUUGGCGCAACAUGAGCGCUGACCCACGCAGUGCGUUCCUUCGAUCGCACGGGAUCGAGAAAUAACACGAGGAUAACAGGUGAUAUCCCGGCGGUGCGUUC